CGCGAGAUGUCCGGAUUGCGCAGUGGAGAACAGUCGUCCGCCAUCACUGCAUAAGCUAACAUUAGCCAAAAACCACUCUGGAGAACGAUUAAGAACAUUAUUACCAACGCACAAAACUGGCCUGAUUCCUUUACGGAAGGUCACUGAGUUUUUCUGACGCUUUCCUUGCGCAGAAACCAAACUAGUAGCUGCCUUUCAUGUAGUCUUUACGUCAACAUAGUAACGAAAGUCGUUCUAACUAAUCAUGUCCAACCUUAAAGGCGGCACCAAGAAGGACACCAAGAUGAGGAUACGAGCCUUCCCAAUGACAAUGGAUGAAAAAUAUGUGAAUAACAUCUGGGACCUUCUGAAGAAUGCUAUCCAGGAGAUUCAGAGGAAGAACAACAGUGGGCUGAGCUUUGAGGAGCUGUACCGAAAUGCCUACACCAUGGUGCUCCACAAACAUGGAGAGAAGCUCUACACAGGCUUGAGGGAGGUUGUCACUGAACACCUCAUCAACAAAGUAACUAGUAACCUGAUGACUUCAUAUUUUCAGGUACGGGAAGACGUUCUAAAUUCCUUAAAUAAUAAUUUUCUGCAAACACUGAAUCAGGCCUGGAAUGACCAUCAAACCGCCAUGGUUAUGAUCAGAGACAUCCUCAUGUAUAUGGACAGGGUGUACGUACAGCAAAACAAUGUAGAGAAUGUCUACAACCUCGGCCUGAUCAUUUUCAGGGACCAGGUAGUUCGUUACGGCUGCAUCCGAGACCACCUACGGCAGACUUUGCUGGACAUGAUCGCGCGGGAGAGGAAGGGAGAGGUUGUGGACAGAGGUGCCAUCAGAAAUGCCUGCCAGAUGCUGAUGAUUCUUGGCCUGGAUGGCAGAUCUGUAUAUGAGGAGGACUUUGAAGGCCCAUUCUUAGACAUGUCAGCUGAAUUCUUUCAGAUGGAAAGCCAAAAGUUUCUUGCAGAAAACAGUGCCAGUGUCUACAUAAAGAAGGUAGAGGCCAGAAUCAAUGAAGAGAUUGAGCGAGUAAUGCACUGUCUGGACAAGUCUACAGAGGAGCCCAUUGUCAAGGUAGUGGAAAGGGAGUUAAUUUCUAAACACAUGAAAACCAUUGUUGAGAUGGAGAACUCCGGCCUGGUCCAUAUGCUCAAGAAUGGCAAAACAGAAGACCUUGCAUGCAUGUACAAGCUCUUCAGUCGAGUGCCAAACGGCCUGAAAACAAUGUGCGAGUGUAUGAGCUCCUACCUGAGGGAACAAGGCAAGGCUCUGGUGUCCGAAGAGGGCGAGGGCAAGAACCCAGUCGACUACAUCCAGGGUCUGCUGGACUUGAAGACUAGAUUUGAUCAUUUCCUCCUGGAGUCAUUCAACAAUGACAGACUCUUUAAACAAACCAUUGCUGGAGACUUUGAAUAUUUCCUUAAUCUCAACUCCCGUUCACCCGAGUACCUAUCACUCUUUAUUGAUGAUAAGCUAAAGAAGGGAGUAAAAGGGCAGCUGACUGAACAGGAAGUGGAGUCCAUUCUGGACAAGGCCAUGGUGUUAUUCAGGUUCAUGCAGGAGAAGGAUGUUUUUGAAAGGUACUACAAGCAGCAUCUCGGCCGUCGACUUCUCAGCAACAAGAGUGUCUCAGACGACUCCGAAAAGAACAUGAUUUCUAAACUAAAGACAGAAUGUGGCUGUCAGUUCACCUCCAAACUGGAAGGGAUGUUCAGAGACAUGAGCAUCUCCAACACUACCAUGGAUGAGUUCAGGCAGCACAUACAAACCACAUCGGCAUCUUUAAGCGGUGUGGACCUCACAGUAAGAGUCCUCACAACCGGAUACUGGCCUACACAGUCUGCAACCCCCAAAUGCACCAUCCCCCCCGCCCCUAGACAUGCCUUUGAAGUUUUCAGAAGGUUUUACCUUGCCAAGCACAGUGGCAGACAGCUCACACUGCAGCACCACAUGGGCGGGGCCGACUUAAAUGCAACUUUCUACGGAGCGGUUAAAAAGGAGGAUGGUUCAGAGGUGGGAGUAGGAGGAGCCCAGGUGACGGGUACCAACACCCGAAAGCACAUCCUGCAGGUCUCCACCUUCCAGAUGACCAUCCUCAUGCUCUUUAACAACAGAGAAAAGUUCACCUUUGAGGAGAUUCAGCAGGAGACGGAUAUUCCAGAGAGAGAGCUGGUGCGAGCGCUGCAGUCUUUGGCUUGUGGGAAACCCACACAGCGAGUCCUCACAAAGGAGCCCAAGUCCAAGGAGAUUGAGAAUGGGCAUGUGUUUACGGUCAAUGAUCAGUUUACUUCCAAGCUGCACAGAGUUAAAAUACAGACAGUUGCUGCCAAACAAGGGGAAUCAGAUCCUGAAAGGAAGGAGACGCGGCAGAAAGUGGACGAUGACAGGAAGCACGAGAUUGAGGCGGCCAUUGUGCGAAUCAUGAAGUCCAGGAAGAAGAUGCAGCACAAUGUUUUGGUAGCAGAAGUGACUCAGCAGCUCCGGGCACGCUUUCUUCCCAGCCCUGUGGUGAUCAAAAAGCGCAUAGAAGGACUUAUAGAAAGAGAAUACUUGGCGAGGACGCCAGAGGAUCGUAAAGUGUACACUUAUGUCGCAUAGACAAUGAACUCUGGGCGAGAGGAAAAGAGACUGGAGGGGGGAAUGGGAAUUGUUUUUCUUUGGACUGUUGUUGCGCAUGGACUGGAAGUUUUCUUUAAAGACAAACACUGGGAACCUGUUUCAAUUGUCCCUCGCAAAAAACACAGUAAAUCCUAAUAAAUUGGAAGGAAAGCUUUUGACGCAUAUGAAAAUAUCCAACAGAUCUUCUAGGUUGCAUUAAUCAGGCCCAGUCUUUCUUUUCCCUGUGAGUUUUAACAUGGAUGAGUCCAGCUUUUCACUGUUUUACCCUUGUAGAGAUCAAACUUGCUAAGAAUCCCUUGGGAAAAUGUGAAUGCACCACAUUAUUAUUAUUUUUUGGUUUCAAUACUGUAUAAAAAUAAUAAAAUAAUUUAAAAAAACAGCAAAUGUGGAUUGUUACAAAAUAAAGAUGAGUAUUGUUUGCUCUAGUUU